AUGCAGCUGCGAGGACUAGUUUUACAUUCGAGCACCGAGCGCUACAAAUCGCGACUUGUAUUGAAUAAAGCGGGCUCGCUGAAGCGUGGAGGAUUCGGAUUUAUAUACCUAGGUACCAUCUUCGGACAGGGUGGAUAUCAGAUUUGGGUUGUCUGGACGCACCGCUACUACGAGAGCCUGAGUGAUACAGCUUACAUAAACACGCUGUAUAUCCUGCGGCUGGUUAUUGAGAACGAGGCUCUCUGGGAGUCGGACUUACAGGUGGAGGCCCUGCGAGCGGUUAUUUUGACCGCAUAA